GUGGCGCGCGCGCCCUUUUAUCCCUUCCCUCCCCAACCCUCCACUCUCCCCAGCCUCUCCCCAGCCUCAGUUAAUACUCCGCAGGAAGAAGACGAGAAGAGAGACCACCCCACCACCCUCCAUUGACCCCAGCUUCAUGGGCCCGAGCAAUGGCCGCCGCCUCCUUCUCCUCGCCGCGGUCGCUCUCGCCGGGGCGGCCGUCGGCUCGACCGCGGCGCAGCAGCAGGGCGCGCCGUCGGGGCCGGGGCCCAACUACUUCGACCCCAACAACUUCAACACGUCCAUGGCGAUCGUGAUGGUCGUGCUCGUCACCGCCUUCUUCCUGCUCGGGCUCUUCUCCGUCUACCUCCGGCGCUGCGCAGGGCCCCCACUCGGCGGGCCCGACGAGUACCCCGGCGCCGCCCGGCGGCCGGGCAGGGGUGGGAUCACGUACGCGUCGCGGUCGAGGAGGUUGCGCGGGCUGGACCGGGCCCUGCUGGAGUCGUUCCCGACCAUGGCGUACGCCGACGUCAAGGCGCACAAGGCCGGCAAUGGCGCGCUCGAGUGCGCCGUGUGCCUCAGCGAGUUCGACGGCGACGAGACGCUCCGCUUCCUGCCCAAGUGCUCCCACGCAUUCCACACCGAUUGCAUCGACGCCUGGCUCGCGUCGCACGUCACCUGCCCUGUCUGCCGCGCCAGCCUCGUCCCCGAUGCCGAUGCUCCGGCGCCGGUGGUUGCCAGUGCUGUGCCAACCACUGAGCAAUAUGCCCCUGCAGCGCCGCAGCUGCCAGCGCAAGAAACGGCCACGGCCACGACGCCGGAGGAGGUGGCCGUCGUCAUCGUUGAUGCCGAGGAGACGGAGGAGGAGAGGAUCAGGAGGGAGGAAGCCGCCGAACUGAUACGAAUCGGCAGCGUGAAACGCGCGCUGCGCAGCAAGUCGGGACGGCGCCCCGCGCAGUUCCCUCGCUCGCACACCACGGGGCACUCGCUCACUGCGCCCGCGCCCUCAGCUGCCGAGAGUGCGGAGCGGUACACGCUGAGGCUGCCCGAGCACGUGCUCCGGGAGGUCGUUGCGGCUGGCAAGCUUCGGCGGUCGGCGAGCGUCCAAGCGUUCUGGACUGGCGGUGACGCGAGCGCGCGCCGCGGAUUCGGCGGAACACGCGGCGGGAGCGUCCGGCUCGGCCAGUCAGGACGUUGGCCCAACAUGUCGCUCCUGGCGCGCACGUUCUCCGCUAGGCUGCCGGCGUGGGGGUCGGCGCGGUGUAGCGAGGCCAACGCGCCGGGCAAGGGCGCGAAGGUCGCCGGCAACGACCAGGUCGUGGAGCAGUGCGACGGCGGGGCUUGCCCACUUGGUGCCCGUGUUUGACAUGGCUUUUUAAGCGUUAGGUCUUAGUGCUGAAAGUACUCCAGUAAAGGUUAGGAGCGUGUCCUUGUCGUCGCUGUUAAUCCUCUUUUCAGCGGCAAAUUUAGAGCGGGUGUGUACAUAAAUUUAACUGUCGGUUAUAAAGAAAUUAUCCAUUCGUUUAGUUA